GGCAGGCCGUGCGAUGCAAGGUUUAUCUAUUCCACUAGGAUACAUAGGAGCUCCGGCCUGGACCGGCGGCCAGGUGGUGGGUGCGCUUCGGCUUCAACCCCCUGACGCGCGGCGCGGAACUGGCGGUGGCGGGGCGAAGCUAAUGGCCGUCCGUGCCAUGCCGCCUCGCCCUCCGCCUCCACCUCCGUCUCCAUGCCGGGCAGGGAGCGAGACUCGUAUAAAGGGCGGCCAGAGAUUCGGAUCCACCUGUCUGCGUCUCCGUUCGUUCGCGCCACAGGCAAGGGAUAGGAGCUCGUGAGGAAGAGCGAGGAGGAGGACGACAUGGUGCACGGGACGCUGGAGGUGCUGCUCGUCGGCGCCAAGGGCCUCGAGAACACCGAUUACCUCUGCAACAUGGAUCCGUAUGCGAUUCUCAAGUGCCGAUCACAGGAGCAGAGGAGCAGUAUUGCAGCUGGAAAAGGAACUAACCCUGAGUGGAAUGAAAACUUUGUCUUCACUGUGUCCGACCGAACUACAGACUUGAUAAUCAAGCUUAUGGAUAGUGAUACAGGCACAGCAGAUGACUUUGUAGGUGAAGCAACGAUUCCGCUGGAAGCAGUGUAUUCGGAAAGGAGCAUUCCACCAACGAUCUAUAAUGUUGUGAAAGGUGAAAAAUACUGUGGCGGAAUCAAAGUUGGUCUCACAUUUACUCCCGAGGAUACUCGCCAGAGGGGUCUCCCGGAUGACUGCGGUGGAUGGAAGCAAUCUCGCUAAGGCCAGCAAGAUCUUUUGAUAUUUCACCAGAGCAACAGUGAUAAUUUGUGUGCUUGAGGCAUUCAGCCCUCGAACACGUUCACGCUUGUGCAACAUGAAAUUCAGUUGAUUUGGCCUCUUUAAAUGUUUGAAAAGAUGUGUUAUUAGCGAGUUUAAACUAAAAGCAGCUGCAUAUUGUUGCAUCAAUACAGUUCCUCAAGAUUGGAAAUUUCAAGGAUUGUCCAGAAAAGGAGAAAUUCCUCGUUUCCUCCAA